AGGAGACACUGUGUACAGUUAACACUCAACAGUAGUACAGAAGUACGAGAAAGUUUGGUGUGUCAGUUUUAGUUUAGUACAGUAAAUUUUGUCUUGGCCCGACAGUUAAUUUAAUUUUUACUGUCGUGUUGUGAUUCUGAUCCACUUUGUAUAAUUAACACAAUUUUCAAUGAUGAAAGACGAAACUGAAGAGAAAAAUUGUGUUAAACAAAGAGAAGCUCUUUAUCGGCUAAUAAUCAGCCAACUUUACUAUGAUGGAUACUCACAGAUAGCUUUGAACCUGACAACGGAAGUGCAAGCCGACCCUCCAUGUCCUCCGUCUGAGCGUCUGUUACAUGUCGUCAAUGCAGGGCUGCAACAUGAACCGGACCGACACAAGAACAGAGAGCCCGUUCCUGGCCUUAACCCCAUACAGGAAAUAUUGAUUGGACCAGGUUUAGACCUGGAGUAUGAGACAGAAGUGGAUGUAACAGCACCCGAACCUGCUUUGUAUGAGACAGCGUACGUGACAUCACACAAAGCCAACUGUCGAGCCGGAGCCUUCAGUUGUGAUGGACAACUGGUGGCCACUGGCAGUGUUGACUCUUCUAUCAAGAUAUUGGAUGUAGACAGAAUGUUGGCCAAGUCCUGUCCAGAUGGUUUGGAGCCAACCACUGACACUCAAGGUCAUCCUGUGAUCCGGACACUCUAUGAUCAUCUGGAAGAAGUUACCUGUUUGGAGUUCCAUCCCAAGGAACCUUUCCUGAUCUCUGGCUCUCGUGAUUGCACAAUCAAGUUUUUUGACUAUGCAAAGGCAUCUGUAAAAAAAGCUUUUAAAACCCUUACGGAUGUGGAACAAGUGAAGUGCAUGUCAUUCCAUCCGUCAGGAGACUUCCUCGUAGUGGGCACCAACCACCCAGUCAUCAGAAUGUAUGACUUCAACACGGGCCAAUGCUAUGUUUGUAAUGUUCCCAGCCAUCAACAUACAGCCAGCAUUACCUCUAUCAAGUUCUCCCAGAAUGCCCGUUACUUUGCGUCUACAAGCAGAGAUGGCAGUAUCAAGUUGUGGGAUGGUGUGUCAAAUCGAUGUGUGAACACAUUUGUUGCAGCUCAUGAUGGAGCUCAAGUGUGCUCCAUACAAUUCACACGCAAUGCCAAGUACAUGUUGUCAUCGGGGAAAGAUUCGAUAGUAAAGUUAUGGGAGUUGUCGACCAGCCGAUGUCUCAUAGCUUAUACAGGCGCUGGUACCACAGGCAAGCAGGAGCACAGAGCCCAAGCAGUAUUCAACCAUACAGAGGACUUUGUCAUGUUUCCAGAUGAAGCCACAACAUCUCUUUGUGCAUGGAACUCCCGUAAUGCAUCUAGAAUGAAUUUGUUGUCACUGGGUCACAAUGGACCAGUACGGAUGAUAGUUCAUUCUCCACAUUCUGCUGCCUUUCUGACAUGUUCUGAUGACUUCCGAGCCAGGUUCUGGUACAAGAGACUGCAGACUCAUUAAACCAAUUUAUAUCAAUGAUGUAAAGUAGUUUGUAUCUGUAAAUAAUCUUGUUUUUUCAAAAUUUUAAUUUCCCAUUUAAGAUGAUAAUCAAAUUUCUGUUUUAAAUCAGCACAUGUCAUGGAAAAUUGUAUGUACGUAGCUUUAGAUACGUACAUAAAAACACCAAUAGGUUUCUCACCUUGACCUGUUAAAUAAAUCAUUCAUUCAGUAAAAUUUAAAAAAGCAA